CAUCCAGACACAGCGCGCAGCCAAUCAACCUGAUCUGAAGAUCGAAAAUAGGAGGGCUUACAGUAAUCAGCCCUCGGAGUCUCAUGACAAGGAACAGUGUGGCAGCGUUGUGGGAGCGCUCGGCACGCACAGCAGGACCCUCACUGGCGCUGCGCUCUCAGCUCAUAACCAACCAGAUAGCGCGAAGAGAGACAGAAGGGGGGGACGGGGACGGUAUAGGAGCAUCCAGUGACGGAUGCGUUUUUUAGCUGAUUUUGGACGCUCUGGAGUGUAAGAACAUCGGGAGACAGAGAGAGGCCGUGCGGGGAAAUUAAGCCGGGUGCUUUUUUUUUUUUUUUUGGAGGGAUUUGACCACAGUGCCCUUGUAUCGUCGUCUCCUCCGGAUGAUCAGAAAUGGGGGAAUGGACUAUACUAGAGAGGCUCCUGGAGGCUGCUGUCCAGCAGCACUCUACUAUGAUAGGAAGGAUCCUACUAACAGUGGUGGUCAUCUUCCGGAUUCUAAUCGUAGCGAUAGUGGGAGAGACUGUCUAUGACGACGAGCAGACCAUGUUUGUUUGUAACACCUUGCAGCCGGGCUGCAACCAGGCAUGCUACGACAAGGCAUUCCCCAUUUCACACAUUAGAUAUUGGGUUUUUCAGAUCAUCAUGGUGUGCACGCCCAGCCUCUGCUUUAUCACGUACUCUGUGCACCAGUCGGCCAAGCAGAAGGAGCGGCGGUACUCCACGGUCUACCUGACGCUGGACAAGGAUCAAGAUUCUCUGAAACGAGACGAAAGCAAAAAGAUAAAGAACACCAUUGUGAACGGAGUACUGCAGAACACCGAGAACUCCACCAAAGAAGCCGAGCCGGACUGCUUGGAGGUGAAGGAGAUCCCGAACUCGGCCAUGAGGACUACAAAGUCCAAAAUGAGGCGUCAGGAGGGCAUCUCCAGGUUUUACAUCAUCCAGGUGGUGUUCAGAAACGCGCUGGAGAUCGGCUUCCUGGUGGGCCAGUACUUCUUGUACGGGUUCAACGUCCCGUCCGUGUACGAAUGCGACCGCUACCCCUGCAUCAAAGACGUCGAGUGCUACGUGUCCAGGCCUACGGAGAAGACCGUGUUUCUGGUCUUCAUGUUCGCGGUCAGCGGGUUCUGCGUGGUGCUGAACCUGGCCGAACUCAACCACCUGGGCUGGAGGAAAAUCAAGACGGCGGUGCGGGGCGUGCAGGCCCGGCGGAAGUCCAUAUAUGAGAUCAGAAACAAGGACCUGCCGAGGAUGAGCGUGCCCAACUUUGGCCGCACGCAGUCCAGUGACUCUGCAUACGUGUAAAAAAAGAGAGAUAAAAUCAAAUAUAUAUAUAUAAAAAUAAUAAUAAAAAAAACAUUUAAAAAAUUAACCCAUGAUGGACAUGAUGGACAGCUCCGCACGCCUAAAACCUGUGUCAUGACUUUAAAGAGUGGGCAGAUUUAUUUACUUACUUUGUUUUCCGUUUUAAUUUGGUGAUAUUUUAUGGACUUCAAGACGAACGUGGAUCCCACGUUGGCUUUACUUUGACUUGUUUUAUUAACGCACUGAUGCAACUUUUUAAGUAACGUUUCUACUUCAAACGUGGAGACCAUGUUGACGUGUUCGCAGAUUUAACUCUUUCUUGGGCUGAACUUGAAAAGAGCAAAUGCAAAAGAAGAAGACGAAGAAGAAGAAAAAAACUUGCACUAAAAGAGGUGAACACAUGAGAGCUUAAUCGUAUCCAAAUGUGCUGAAAUUCUUUUUACACCUAUACUUCUUUCAUAUGGCACCAUUAAACAGGGAAAAUAUAGCAUAU